GGUUGUGGCUUCGCUGAAGAAUAAUCCAAGAGACAAAGGGCUAAAGGAUAGAGCUGCCAUGUGUUUUUCCUUGACCAGAAACCUCCACUCCCCUUUCCCUUCUUUUCUUCCGUCCUUUUGUUGCGCAGACAAGCCAAUAACAACACUAUUUUCCGAAAUUAGGCUCUGGUUUUGAUGUUGGUUUCUCUUCCAAAUCCUAAUUCUCUAUCUGCACUCAGAGAUAGUCCUCAAGUAGGUCAAGGACUCUGUCCUCAACCAGCUCAAGAGUUUCCUGACGACAGAGGGGGACAAGAUAUGGAAGGAGGGGCUAAGGAGGAGCAGUUGCCUCCCGGAUUUAGGUUUCACCCCACAGAUGAAGAGCUCAUCGCCUACUACCUGACCCAGAAGAUAUCUGAGGCCAAUUUCAGUGCAAGAGCAAUCACUGAGGUCGACCUCAACAAGUGUGAGCCAUGGGAUCUCCCAGCUAAAGCGAAGAUGGGAGAAAAGGAAUGGUAUUUCUUCAGCCUCCGAGACCGCAAGUACCCAACCGGAGUCCGGACGAACCGAGCUACGAAUGCUGGCUACUGGAAGACAACUGGCAAAGACAAGGAGAUCUUUAGCAGCCAGACCUCAGAGCUCCUAGGGAUGAAGAAGACGCUGGUCUUCUACAAAGGGAGAGCUCCUAGAGGGGAGAAGACCAACUGGGUUAUGCAUGAGUACCGCCUGCAAUCCAAAUCUGCCGUCAAAGCCAACAAGCAGCAGGACGAGUGGGUGGUCUGCCGCGUGUUCGCGAAGAGCCCCGGCGGGAAGAAGUAUCCCUCGAGCCAACCCCGCGUCAACCCUUACCACCACCACCAUCACCACCACCACCUGGACAUGAUGACGGUCCCGCCCGACUACGGGGCGCAUGCCCGGAGCUACCUCAUGGCGGGCGCCGACCUCGCGGAGCUCUCCAGGUUCGCGAGGGGCACCGCCCCGGGCUCGGGACCCGGACCCAACCUCCUCCCCAUCCAACCCCCAGCCCCCCGAGCUGCCCCCCCCUUCACGCUCUCGGGCCUCAACCUCAACCUUGGCGGCCCCUCACCCGUCCCAGCUCUAUCCCACCAGUCCCUGCCGCUCUCCUCGCUGCUGACCAAUAACAGCAACUGCGUCAUGGCCACGGACGGGGGGUUUAAUGCGGACGUGGUGGUGAGUUGUACCGGGGCCGGCGGAAGCUAUCACCAGCAAAUGGACCCCUCCGUCGUGUUCGAUCAAGUCUACUGGCCCCCUUACUGAAUAAUUUUAUUAGUGCGAGGAUCGAAGCCUCUUCUGAUACAUAAGUUGUACUUCUUAAUGUAAGCUUCUUUUCUGGUUUGCAUGAUCGUUGGUCGCAGUACUGGAGCCUUUGCUUUAUGUUAUUUUCUUUCUUGCUCUUAUACAUUUAGUUUCUUGCAAGUAUGAUGGCUUAUUGUGUUGAAUGGAAACCUUUCUGUUCGGUUCA